UCGCUACGGGUGGAGAGCACAGCUCACAGCUCAACGAAUUUUUAGUUGAUUUAUUUUAUCAAAUAUAAACAAUCACCGAAUUCACUGAAUAAAGUCGAGUGAAAUGUCGAGCGUGUGGCCAGUGUAUCCGAAUUAAUUCCCAUAAAUUCAAACAUUUAAUUGUCCCUCUGAUAAUUAACAGUGAUAAUCAGCCGGGGGCAUCGAUUGAGAGCAGCCGAUUAAUCCCCAUUGAAAAAAAUACAUCGGUGAAAUUAAUCUCGAGUUUAUGUGAUUUAAAAAAAUGCACGGGUGCCAGACAGCUCGGCGACAAUUCUCAACGCGAGGAGGGAGUGAGAGGGAAAUAGAGUGUGACUCUUCACACGCUUGACGGAUACGUACACGAAGGGAGUGGAAUAAAGAACUGGGACGCGUUGAGAUACACCGGAGAGACAGAACGGAAAAAUAGAAGGGAUGAGUUUUUUUAAUAUGAGGGAUACAUUGAUGAGAUGUUUUUGUUUCAUUGUCACGAGUGAAUUAUCAAUUAUGCGUUGGAAAGUGGUGAAAAUGCCGUGAAGUAUUUCAUGUCGAAUAUUUCAUCGCGACGACAUAAAACAGAACAGAGGAGUUCCAUCGGGAGAGAGAGAGAAAUAAUAAUGACAUGAAUUUAUUAGUGUGAAAAUGUCUAAUGACUACAAAUUCACAGGGAAUUAUCAUCGAUUGAUGCUAUCGAUGCAGUUGUCGGGCGUUCAGAGAGGUGGAAAUAAAGGAAACAUGACACAAUGUACAUGCACAUAAAACUCGCCUCAGCCUCAUCCCAUUGUUGACAAUAUUUUCUUCAUCUAUCGGAAAAUAUAUCUGAGGAUUUAACAAUGGAGGAUGAAUCGAUGUCAAUGAGAUUUAUUUGAUGGAGCUCGGGAGCUUCUCACAUUUCUAAUAAUAAAAGAGAAAAAAAAGCGUUUCUCGAUAAUCGGGGAGAGGAUUUUUCAACACUUUACGCUGGAGAGUUGCCUUUUUUAAAAAGAUGAAUAAAUCUUCAUUGGAAAUCACGGAAUUUCGUCUAGAUUUUUCGAGGGAAAUUCAUUGUUGAUAAAUCUGGUUGUAAAUUUCUCCGUCCACUCUUCUAUCUGCUCGUUAUAAUGAAAGAUGAGCCGUUGAUUGAAUUUGUUGUUUUAUCAACUGUACAUGUGGCACUCAUUUGAUGGAAAUGCAUUUGCUGAGGCGGGAGAAUGGAAGGAACGAGAGCUAGUGACAAUCACUGCUCCAGGACGCGGGUCAGCCCGGUGUAGUGGCCGUAUAUUCAAUGCAUAUCGUGAUUUAGUGCACUUACUUUUCAAUUUGAAAUCAAUGAUGAAACUUAUCUGAGGAUCCGGUGCUGUCGAUACUGUGGGAUUCCACGGAGAGUGGAAAGAGAGCGGGAGUAUUUUUCCUCACUCCUUAAAUCUCGAUGCCUCUUCGAUGAGUGAAGCCAUGAUUUCUCGUGGGACUGGAUAGGAGGAAAAAUGAGAAAUAAUUGAGGGAAAGAGGAUUUCGAGCGAGAAUUAUCCUCGUUGGAUGAGUCAGUGGCUCACUUGAGGAAAAGGAAUGGAAGCCACGACGAUUGGGUCUCUAGUGUCAAGACCCUGAGGUGACAUUGAGCGAGAAUUGACACGUGGCUAAAAAACACGUGAAACAAUGGCAACGCCACCGGACUCACCGGGCCCUGAAGAGGCACUGUUCGAGUUCGAGAGCUCGAGGGCUAGACAGCAUACAACAAGACCGGUGGCUAUUGAGGAGUUGUUGAGACAGACGAAAUUCUCGAGGCAGGAGAUACGCGUCAUGUACCGCGGAUUUAAACAGGAGUGUCCUGAGGGUGUCGUUCAGGAGGACUCAUUCAAGGACAUUUAUGCCAAGUUCUUUCCACAUGGAAAUUCUAGCCUCUACGCGCACUACGUGUUCAAGGCCUUUGACGUUAACUGCAAUGGGGCCAUCAGUUUCAGGGAUCUACUCGUGACUCUCUCCACGCUGUUACGUGGGAGUAUAUACGAGAAACUCAGAUGGACAUUCAAGCUCUACGACAUAAAUGGGGAUGGUUGUAUUACAAGGGGUGAAUUGGGUGAAGUCGUAACAGCAGUUCACGAGCUGAUGGGACGAAAGCAUCCAGCCGAGGAGGAGAGGAAGGCCAGGGAACAACUGGACAGGGUCUUUGAGAAACUCGAUCUCAAUCAUGAUGGGGUUAUCACGAUAGAAGAAUUCAUCGAAAGUUGCCUUAAAGAUGAGGUCAUCACCCGCUCACUGGCAAUGUUCGACUGUGAACUUUGAUCUCCGGCGAACAUUAGCCCUACAAGGUCACCGGUCGGUGUGACACCAACGUCCCCAGCCUCGGGUGCAACCCAAUCACUGACGAGUUCAUCCCCAACACCACCGCGUUACACCUUACUACCGUCACUACCAGCUCCAACGAUAAUGGAAAAUCCGCUUAUACCAAUUCCAUUGCCAUCGCAGAUUGAUCAUCUAUCGGAGCCAAUGCAUCCACCGCCGGACUACAUGACUGUGCAGCAGGUACCCUUUUGUUACCGCGGGCCACACUGCUGGGACCAGACGGAUGAGCCACUCUUCUGCUGAGGGAAGUCAGUCGUCAGUCUGUCAUUCAGUCAAAUUUAUAAGAGAAUAUGUUAUAAUCAAACGGAAUUUAGGAUGUCCUGGGUAUUUUGAUUAUUUCGGGAGAAUUUUUUCUUUUGUUUUUUCAUUAGUUAAAACUAGCUACUCGAAUCAGAUACCGAUGAAAUUCAAUGAAGAAAUACGUAUGAAAAAAUUCAAGAGAAAAACUUUGUCUCGCCAGAUAAUUCGAGUGGAAUUCUCGCUAUUUUUAUAGAAAAACAUCAAUAGAUGACAAUUUUUCUAUUCAUUAAUAAUAUUGAUAUUAAUGUUCUAUCGAUAUUUCUUCUAUAGAAAUCUCUACAUAAAUUAAGUACUUUCAUUCGCAAUUUCUCUUUAAUUACACUGUUAGAAAUUUUUUGAAAUUUCAUGGAAGGUGUUAUAGUAAAUCUCAUGGGAGUGACAUAGAAUCGG